AUGAGAUCGCCAAGUAUAUCCCCUCAUCAGAUUCAACAGCAGAAUUCGGAUAUUCUGCCUCAUACAUUAUCUCAACUGAACGAAGGUACCUCAGCAAAACAAUGUGGGCUGUUCAGAUCUCCCCCAGAAGGCAUCUUUCACGAACGUGCCGCGGUCUAUCUUACGCAUAUGUAUUCGCUUCAUGAGUACUCCUUCUACCUCGUCAUUCUCGUCCACGUCGGAGUUGAAUUGAUCCACGGUGCUACAGCUAUUCUACACCAGUCCGCUCUGGCUACUUCAAGCUCUGGAGCCAAUACUGCAGUCAACGUCAGUAGCAGGGCGUAG